UGACUGUACUUUGCCCCGGACUUUCAACUCUCUGUCCUCUGGUUCCCGAUUUAAGCGACAAGCAUUACUAAAGUUUUCUGUUAUCGGAUACCUGUUAUACUAAAUAUGGACGAGGAAACAACCGCUGUCCGGGAGCAGCAUCAGUUUAACAUCGCGAAUUUACAGAAGUAUUUGUCGGAUAAAUUACGGGACAUUAACAGCGGGACAUUCCGCGUCAAGCAGUAUGGAAAAGGACAGUCCAACCCCACAUUUCUUCUGCAGACGUCUAAACGGAGAUACGUCCUCAGAAAGAAACCUCCGGGAGAGCUGCUUCCUGGAGCUCACAAGGUGGACAGGGAGUAUCGCGUGCAGAAGGCCUUGUUUGGAACGGGGUUUCCCGUGCCGGAGCCCCUGCUGUUCUGCGCAGACAAGUCGGUUAUCGGCACUGAGUUCUACGUCAUGGAGCACGUGCAGGGCCGCAUUUUCAGGGACAUCCGGCUUCCUGGGCUGAGUGUGGCGGAGAAGGUGGCUCUGUACGUGGCUGCGGCAGAGGUCUUGGCCAAGUUGCAUUCCCUGGACCUGGCUGCUCUGGGGCUUGGAGACUACGGAAGAGGUCCUGGCUACUGCAGGAGACAGGUGUCCACUUGGACAAAACAGUACAGAGCCUCCAGCCACAGGGACAUCCCUGCUAUGGAUCGGCUAUCUGAUUGGCUCAUGAAUAAUUUGCCGACCAAUGACAGCGAAGUCACACUUGUCCACGGGGACUUCCGGGUGGACAACCUCAUCUUUCAUCCCACCGAGGCCCGUGUGCUGGCGGUGCUGGACUGGGAGCUCUCCACCACCGGCCAGCCCCUGGCGGACCUGGCUUACUUCCUCAUGCCCUUUUACUGGCCCAGUCACUUCAGCAUCCUCGAUUCUAUGGGAGGCCUCGGGGGAGCGGAAGGUGGCCCCUCCCCCGAGGACCUCGCUGCUGUGUACAGCCGUUGCCGUGGGAUACCGCCAUCUCUCCCCCAGUGGAAUUUUUUUCUCGCCCUCGCCAUGUUCAAGAUGGCGGGCAUAGCUCAGGGCAUCUAUGCCCGCUUCCUGCUGGGAAACGCCAGCGCCACCGACGCCUACAAGUUUGGCCAGAGCGUGGAGCCGCUGGCAGAAGCAGGGCUGCGGAUCGCUGAGGGCACCGAGGGAUCCGCCUCCCCCACGUCCCUGGCCGGCCGCGAGCAGCUGUUCCAGAUGACCCCCAAGGGCCGGGCCGUGCUCCACAAGGUCCAGCAGUUCAUGAGGCAGCAUGUGUUCCCUGCUCAGCAGGAAGUGGCAGAGUUCUACGUGAAGAACGCUGGCACUCAGGCGAGGUGGCUCACACCUCCCAUCAUCGAGGAGCUGAAGGCUCGGGCUCGGGCCGCUGGGCUCUGGAACCUGUUCCUGCCCGCUGUCAGCGGCCUCAGUCAGCUGGACUACGCCCACAUUGCCGAGGAGACCGGCCGCUGCUUCUUCGCUCCGGACGUCUUCAACUGUCAAGCCCCUGACACGGGAAACAUGGAGGUGCUGCACAUGUUUGGCAGCGAGGAGCAGAAGAGACAGUGGCUGGAGCCCCUCCUCCGUGGGGAGAUCCGCUCCUGCUUCUGUAUGACAGAACCUGACGUGUCCUCCAGUGAUGCCACCAACAUCAGGUGCAGCAUGCGGCGGGCUGGAGACCAUUACAUCAUCAGCGGGAGGAAGUGGUGGAGCAGCGGUGCUGGCAACCCCAACUGUAAGAUCGCCAUUGUCCUGUGCCAGAGCGAGUCACAUGAUGCCAAGAACAGGCAUAAGCAGCACAGCAUGGUUCUGGUCCCACUGGACACACCAGGCGUGGAGCUGGUCCGGCCGCUGACGGUGUUCGGAGAGGAUGACGCCGUCCACGGCGGCCAUUUUGAGAUCCACUUCAACGACGUGCACGUGCCCGUCUCCAGUGUUGUUUUAGGCGAGGGGCGGGGCUUCGAGAUCGCCCAGGCCCGUCUGGGCCCGGGCCGGCUGCACCACUGCAUGCGGGCCAUUGGACUGGCUGAGACAGCCCUGGAGCUCAUGUGUCAGAGGGCGGCACAGCGGAGCACGUUCGGGAGGAAGCUGUACCAGCACGAGGUAAUCGCACACUGGAUCGCGGAGUGCCGCAUCGCCAUUGAGCAGACGCGCCUGCUGACGCUCCACGCCGCCCACUGUUUGGACGUCAGCGGCAGCAAGGAAGCCCGAAAACAGAUCGCCAUGAUCAAGGUGGCCGCUGGAAGGAUGUCCUGCAAGGUGGUGGACUGUGCCAUUCAGGUGCACGGGGGGGGCGGACUAUCAGGGGACUUCCCCUUGGCCCAGAUGUACGCGUACGUGCGGACUCUGCGCAUCGCGGACGGGCCCGAUGAGGUCCACCUCUCCUCCAUCGCCCGCAUGGAGCUGAAGGACCAGCUGAGCAAACUCCCCGCCAAGCUGUGACCCUGCAUUGCUUUAAUACUCCCAAUGUGCAGUAAUAUACCUAGAAAUGACCAUGCCUCUGCUGCUAGUAGGAAAAAGGCAGUUUCUCCCUCUCUCAUUUGAACGUGUUGCCAGUAAAAGGCAAGCACAGGGCUACCCAGGGAAAAUGCACAUGUGUACGGUAUACUGGAAUGGGUCUUCUCUAUCGCCCUCUGCUGUUCGGAGUUCAGAAGUUCAAAUUUGUUCACCCAAACCGUAUCUUCAGCAUUUUUUAUUGGCAGAAAUUUUGCAUAGCUCAUUAGCAAACUACCUUUAAGAAACUGAUUCCAGGAACUAAAGAUUUACUAAGUGCAUUUUGGCAGCAGUGCAUACGUGGAUCACCAGGAAAUUGAAUUUCAGUUCAGUUGGUAGCAACCAUGUGCAUAAAUUUCCGCUGGCAGCCGUGGUGCUGCUACUGGCAGAACUAAUGAUUCCUAAUGAGCCUUUAAAAACAUUUGAUGAACAUGUAAUGGUACAUAAUGUAUGCGGACUAAAGUGGUCCUGUGAUUAAAAUCCCCGGAUGCCUGUGGAGGGCUGAGCCGUGUGCUGCUGGGGAAUCUCUACUGGUUUGCUGCUCCACGCUCUGCCUCAUACUGCCUCCAGUUUCUUCUGUUUCUUAGUAAA